AUGGCGCCAGCAAGCCAAUCUACUUACCAAAAAGACGAAAGAGUCCUUUGCUUUCAUCAUGAGAUUCUAUACGAGGCAAAAAUCCUCGACGUUAGGCACACCGAUGCUGAGGACAAGAAAAGUCCGUUCGAGUACCUAGUUCACUACAAGGGUUGGAAGAACACAUGGGACGACUGGGUGCCUCAAGAUCGGCUCCGGAAAUUCACGGAUGAAAAUAGGGAGCUCGCUACUACGCUCCGUCGUGAGGCAGAGGCUGCUUUUCGCCAGAAGAGCACAAAGACUACGUUGAAGAGAAAAGCAGGCUCCGACCGCGGCUCCGCCCGGGACAGCGAGGAGCGACAAACAUCAGUUCCUGGUCGCGCGACCAAGAGGGCCAGAGACAAUGAAAUUGAAAAGGAAGAACAUUUCUAUACACGACCAUCCGUGCGGAUUGUAAUGCCGGACAAUUUGAAAUCUCUCCUCGUAGAUGACUGGGAAAAUGUGACGAAAAAUCAGCAGGUUGUUGCUUUGCCGGCCAAAGCAUCAGUCAACCAGAUUUUGGAAGAUUUCACCGUGGAAGAGAAGCCCAAGCGUACGAGCGCGGCUGACCUGGAUGUCCUCGAAGAAGUAAUCAUGGGUAUCAAGGAGUAUUUUGACAAAGCCCUUGACAAGAUUCUGCUCUACCGAUUCGAGCGCGAGCAGUACAAAGCCCUCCGCAAGAAAUGGGAGGCGGGAUCUGGUGAAUAUUCCGAGAAGGGGCCCCUCGAUAUCUACGGGGCCGAGCAUUUGACGAGACUUUUUGCAACCAUGCCGGAGCUCAUUGCGCAGACAAACAUGGAUCUCCAGUCCACCAACAGACUCCGGGAAGAGCUGUCAAAAUUCACGCUCUGGCUCAGCAAGAACUCAGACAAGUAUUUCGCCACGAGGUACAUGACUGCAACAAAUGAGUACGUGGAAAAGUCAAGAGGUAACCCUAGUUCGGCAGCUGUAGCUGCCACGACGCGGCUCGUCUGA